AUGAAUACCGACCAAAGCAAAGAAGACAAACUGCUUAACGACAUGGUCCCUCCACCCGAUCCUCUGCACACGGUCCCGCGUGUCCUAGAUGACGCACUCACCGGCAAGCUCAUGGAGCACUACGGCCUGUCCCGAAUCCCAGAGAUCUCCUCGGCAUUCACCAGGUACUUCGAAGCACACGAGUACCACGAUCGAAGGCGCGCCGUGAGAAGUUUCAUCGCUGGACGAAGCAACCCUCAACCUCUCGAACGGGAACAAGAGGUAGAAGAUGGCUUUGAAGAGCGAGGGGUUGAGAAACAAGCUCUGGAAAGUCUGAUACCCAUGUUGAAGGCGUUUUUGGUCGAGGUCAAUAAAGAUAUCCAGCCAUAUUUGAGUGAGGAUGGUGUUUUUGAGCUGUGGACGCUGGUUGAAGAGUGUAGGAUCGCGAUGGAGGAUGGGGAUGUAUGGAGUUGCUAUGGUAUUGUGGCGAAGAUUCACAAGGGGCUUACAAUUGGCCGAUGUGAUAGAGAGCUUGUGUUCAAUGCUUACGGAGAGGCAUUGAGCGGCCGAGAUAUCUCUUUGGGAAAGGGCUUAAGCGGGCCGGACUGUAGGGCGGAGAUCAUGGCUGUUGUGGACCAUGGCGAUUGUGAAUUAUGGCAAUUGUGGAUCAUGGCGGUUGUGGACUGCAUAUGGAUUCGACAUCCUACCCCUUCAGACAGAGUUAUGAUCCAACAACAGUCUGCUGAGGAGUACAGUCUUGGUUGCGGCGACCUGUUACCAGAAAUCAAUACCACUACUGGUUACAGUCCUUUUCUGGACGACCCGCUACCACACUUUGCAGGAGCAUUCAGGCGAUACUUCUUCGCACAUAAUCAUGUAGCGCAGUUCAACUCGCUCGAUUGUGACAAAACAGAAGAGUUCAAGUACUUGUACGAGCUGCUGACACUCUUUGAAGCUCUGCAAAGUGAAGUACAGGCUGGCGGGGGUAGAUUUUGCAACGAUUCUGGAAUUACUCUCCAAUCAUUGAUGGAUAGAUGUACUGCAAAAAAGAGGAUUGGAGACGAUUCGGCAUGUUUUCGUGUGGCAGAAGCGCUUCAGGCAUGGCUAGUAGCGGAACUGCACUCAAGAAAGGACAACUGCACAGGGGACAUGCAAAUGUGGCUGCGGUAUGAGGAGCUGAUCGGCUCACUCGAAUCAGUACAGUAG